UCUCUCUCUCACUCACCUUUAAUUCCCUGCUCUACGGAAGAGAUUCUCGUUCAAAGAUCAUCUCCCUAGAAAUUCACCGAAAUCGGAAAUCAUUUAGCCGUUGGGUUAACGCAUAAAGAUUCAUUGCCUUGUCUCUCAACCAUCCGCGUCCGAUCCAAAAGCUGAGAAACAUGAAGCUCUGAUCUUAUUAAGAUCUAAUCAGAAAAUCCCAAAUAGUAUAUUUGUUUAUUUACAUGCAAAAAAGAUUGUACAUUUCCUGUUGGUUAUAUCUGACAGAAAUAGGGCUCGGCAGAUUUGGGGUUUCAAAGUUUGGAAGGAUAUUAAAAUGGAGAAAUUUUGUGAGUUCUGCUUGGCAUUGAGGCCGGUUGUGUACUGCAAAGCUGAUGCAGCACUUCUUUGCCUCUCCUGCGAUGCUAAGGUCCAUUCGGCAAACACACUUUUCAACCGGCAUUUGCGCAGUAUCUUGUGUGAUUUGUGUAGACAUUUCCCGGCUUGUAUUCAGUGUUUGGAUCACAAGAUGUUUAUGUGCCGUGCCUGUGACCGUGCUUUGCACACGAUCGCCUCCCAACAUCCAAAAAGGGCAAUCGGCAGUUACACAGAAUUUUCGUACACAGGUUCCCCGUCUGCUGAGGACUUUGCAGCAUUGUGGGGUUUCAAAUUGAACGAGACAGACAAUUGUAGUGCACAUUUGGAUUUGAAUGGGACUCUGUCCAAUUCUUGUGGCUCUUCGUGCGACUCAAGUGCGGUAAACUUGGAUAGUCUAGAGCAGUCUUGCUCUCGAGCUGAAGGCCUUCUGGCAGCAAAUUCUCUCACCCGGAUUUCAGGUGCUGAAUCUGAAGCGGGAUCGAGCAGUCAACAAUACAAGAUAUCUCCUGAAGGUCAAGAGAACAAUUUCAUUCUGCACCAGAUUCUAGAUUUGAAAAGGAUUCAGUUUUCUGAGGGAAAUGGCCCUUCGCUGCUGAUACCCGGUAGAGAGCAAAGUGACCUAUCUUCCUCGGUACUUCAGACAUCAAAGAGGCUCGAUGUUCAUCUUGAUCAGCGUUUUCAACAUUCUCAGAAUGCCGGCAUUAAAUUUAAGCAAAGGGACAGUCCAGUUCAGGAACUGAAAGUUGAUCAUUUAUCAUUUCCAUUUUCUCAAAUGGAGCAUAAUAUGCAACCAUCUUCAACUGCUGGACUUCCAUUGCAUACAGAAUCAUUUUGGCAGUGCAGAAGUCCGGUUCAAAGUAAUCAGCUGUGGCCUCAAAAUAUGCAAGACAUAGGGGUUUGUGAAGAACUUGUUUGUCCCGAUGAUUUCAAUAUACCUGACGUUGAUCUGACGUUUCAAAACUUCGAUGAACUAUUCGGAGGUGAUCAAGAUCCUAUCACAGCAGUGCUUCAUGAUAAAGAUGUGUCAUACUCGUCAGUGGAGAAGGGCAUAUCCCUUGAUAAGCAGAUAAUGGCAAUGAACAUGAUGCAUCAGAGGCUUCGUCUGUUUUCAUUAAUCCGUCUGCUCACUUGGACAACGAUAAGGCUUGUAACAAACCUGAAAACCAGUCAAGAAAACAUGGAUUCUCCAUGUCCUAUUCAACCGUGUUCUUCAACUCAGUCGUUCUGCAUUUCAAGGCUCAGCACCGAAAGCAGUGGGAAUGAUUGUCAUAACAGCGAGAUUUCCCCCAUCACCGGAGGGGAGCGCUCAAGCAGCAUGAAAGCAAAAGGAGGAGGAACAAAGAUUGGAAGCAUUCCCGACUAGUAAAAAAUCGAUAUCCAUCUUGAAAAUCUACGCCUGACUUAAGAAGGCGGGCAAAAGGUAGAGUUGCGAGGAGAGAAGACUCUGAUUUGGACGCGAAUAACGUGACUUCUGAUGAGAAGAAGAAGCUGAUUAAACUUCUGCAUUGGAUGCGUCUUGUUCUUGUACAUAUACCUGUACAGCUUGAUUUUCUGGUUCAAAAAUACUUCACUUUUCAUGCUUCGUUUAAAAUUUUUUAUUUCGUCUCACAUUACGGUACACAAUAAAAAAAUUUACUUCAGUUAAUGCCAUAUGAUUUCCUUGUUGGUAAA